AUGCCGGAUGUGUUUCUUGUGACGUUGCUGAGCUGCGGACGUCACCUGGCGUCAGUCCACGGUGGCGUCAUUCCGUCGGCGACGACGUCGUCUUCUUCCGCAGACGUGGGCCCUACUGCUGACGUCGGCGUGCUCACGCCAAGUACAGACGCACAGUUGCCAACAACUGACGCCAACCCGAGUACUACUGGUGGUGCGGUCACGUCACAGGUGACAACUGACGCCACGCAAGCAGACGCCAGCCCAGCGUCUACCGAAGGUGCGGAGACGUCAGGUAGCGACGCAGAGAUGCCAACCGACGUCAGCCCAACUGCCGACGGUGCGAUCACGACAACGGAAGGAGGAGACUCGACAUCGUGUAACCAUGGCGACGACGGGGCGACGCCUAACGACGGGGCAACGCCUAACGACGAAGAGGCGGCAGUCCGCACCGCACGGAACUCUGGGGACGACACCGUGUCCCCAUGCCUGGUCCUGACGGCCGCCCAGGUUGCCGAGGUGUACGCCAACUGCACGUCCGGUUAUGCCAGCGCCCUGGCCUACCCCAGCUACCCCGCCAACGAGUUGUACCGGCCGUGCGCGGGCGCCGACGGCUCGCAGACCUGCUCCGACCUGAAGACCGGCUCCCAGAGGGGGCGGCCCGUCUGCCCCUGGUCCGAGCAAAGGCACGAGGACCCCAACAGGAGUCCCACGGUUAUCGAGUACGUGCAGUGCCACACGCAGUUCCCGGUCGACCUGAGCGGUGCAGAAAUGCUGGACUACUAUUGCAAGCACGUCUCCUACACCCAACGGGUGCUGAUCAAGGAUGGGGACACCUGCGAAGAAGGGUUCCGCUACAAGUGUGUCGUGCUGAAGAUUGCCAACGCUUGCGUGGCUUACAUCAGCUAAAGUGC